UCAAUGUUUGGAUGAUGUUCUGCUGUUUGGAUUUUAGGUUUUACUUUUUUAAAAUCUAAUUUUGCAUUUUUUCAUAAUUUUAUAUUGUUUGUCGGCUUGUGAUAUACAAUGAAAAAUUAAAAUGUGAAAUGGUGGAACUUGAAUUAAUUGUUUUCAUCGAGUGAACAAUCACAAUUUGUUUUUUGUUAGGUUACUAUUUAGGUGAACAAUGGCCAGUUCAAGUGCAAAUAAUUCCGGCCCAUCAAAUGCGUCCAAAGGAAACGCAGCUAUCGAGUGUUUCUCUCCAGAAUUAUUUGUUGAAACUAGUAUGAACUUUUCCUCAUUGCCCAAAGAAAUUAAAGAAGAGCUAUUCACUUCAGAAUGUAAUGCAGAAGAUGAUACUACAAACGAUGCACAGGUUAAUUCUGUAAGAGAAUCAGGCGAACAUUUCAUGUCCAAUGAAAUAACAACUGAAAAUUCAACUCUUGAUAAUUCAAGUAUCAGCACCUCAAAUGAAAUUGAUUGUCCUAUUCCGUCUAAGAAACCUAGAAUGAAACGCGUUGCAGUUAGGCAAUCAAAUAGAGACAGAAGAGAGAAAGGAGAGUUUUUCACCACUUACCAAGAUAUUGUAAAAGACAGGGACAAAUUUCGUGAUUAUUUAGGUAUGGAAAUUGAAACAUUUGAGUUCAUUCUGGAUAAACUGAAACCCCAUUUGACAAAGCAAUACACCAACUGGAGUGUAAAGCCAAUUGCUGCAGAAGAAAGGCUGGUGCUAUUUUUAAGGUACCUGACAGUCGGCAUGUCGUUCUCGUCGCUGGCGUCUUCAUUCAAGCUGGGCUGCAGUACGGUGAACAAGGUCAUCCUAGAGACGGCGGAGGCGGUCUGGACCGAGCUGCAGCCGCUCUACAUGCCGGUCCCCUCGGCGCUGGGCUUCAAGCACGUGGCUGACGAGUUCGAAUCGACCACUGGCUUCCCGCACGUGCUGGGGAUCAUCGACGGCAGACACGUGCGAGUCAAGUGCCCGGACAACCCCGAGUCACUGGCCGAGAAGAGCAACUACUCAGUAGUCCUGCACAUCAUCGCCGGCGCCAACUGCCGGAUACUGUUGACCGAUGUCGGCUGUUUCGGGAAACACGGCUGGGAGUGGUCGUUCACGGAAUCGCCGCUCUACCGGCAGAUCAAGUACCUCAAAAUCCCCGCACCUAUAGUACUCUCCAACAGUGACAACGUCAAAGCACCGUACGAGUUCUUGGGGGCGGAAAACUAUCCGCUCCUCAACUUUGUCCUGCGCCCCUACUCCAAACGCGACUACACAAAGGACCCCUGGAAGUCUGAGUUCAACAAUCAGUUCGAGAAAACCUUCCAGAUCUGUGAUCGUACGUUUGAUAUAAUGUUCUCGCAUUGGAAGUUCAUGUGGAAUUCGGUCACUUCGAACCUUACUAGUAUUGCCACCAUUAUGAAGUCCACCUGUGUGCUCCACAAUCUCCUGUUGGCUCGGGAACCGGACUACAUGAAUGUGCAAAAGGAGACAGUGAAAAAGAUGAGCUUCCGACUGAGGAAGCCGGGACUUUCUAAUUUGACAGCUCGUGAACGACGACAUAUUUUUGGCCGAUAUUUUGCGGACAGCCUCCAUAUUUCGUUACCGGAAACGACUGAGCCGGUGGAAGAACAACAAGAACACUGAUAACUUAUAGCUCUUUUUUGUUCGUUGGGGCCAGAAGCUCUCCGACUGGCUGAUUGGAUCACGCCUGAAAAUACGCUUAAUGUGGUCUGGCCCUUAAUAUAUCCAAAGUUGAUAGAAGAUAACGUCUCAGACGUUAUAGCUCUAAUAACUUAUAAAUUUUAUCUAAUAGCCCUUAUAACUUAUAGCUCUUUUUUGUUCGUUAGGGCCAGACCACAUUAAGCGUUUUUCAGAUGUUUUUAGAGCCUCCAUUUUCCGCUACAGGAAACGACUGAGCCGGUGGAAGAACAACAAGAACACUGAUAACUUAUAGUUCUUUUUUUGUUCGUUAGGGCCAGAAGCUCUCCGACUGGCUGAUUGGGUGACCGCCUGAAAAUACGCUUAAUGUGGUCUGGCCCUUAAUAUAUCCAAAGUUGAUAGAAGAUAACGUCUGAGACGUUAUAGCUCUAAUAACUUAUAAAUUUUAUCUAAUAGCCCUUAUAACUUAUAGCUCUUUUUUGUUCGUUAGGGCCAGACCACAUUAAGCGUUUUUCAGAUGUUUUUAGAGCCUCCAUUUUCCGCUACAGGAAACGACUGAGACGUUGGAAGAACAAAAAUAAAACUGAUAACUUAUAGUUCUUUUUUUGUUCGUUAGGGCCAGAAGCUCUCCGACUGGCUGAUUGGAUCACGCCUGAAAAUACGCUUAAUGUGGUCUGGCCCUUAAUAUAUCCAAAGUUGAUUGAUAGAAGAUAACGUCUGAGACGUUAGAAGAAGGACAGAACACUGAUAACUUAUAUAGCUCUUUUUUUGUUCGUUAAUGUGUCCAAAGUUGACAGAAAAUAAGGUCUGAGUGUCGGUUGCACAAAAGCCGGUUGAAUUUUAACCGUGAUUAAUUCCACGUGAACCAGAGUCUUUUCAAAAACGCCUUCUCUGAUUGGUUCUCUCAUAAAGUUAAUCACGGUUAAGGCUGUGCA